AAUGUACAAAUUAUAUAUGGAAGAGAUGAGAGAUGGAUCGGGCAAGAUCCAGAAAAUUCCCCUUUCACCCCACUCUCUGUUCUUCUACUCAAUCCUCAAAAUCUUGAUGAUUUCCAUGUGAGAAUCAAUAUGGUAUCAGAGCGGGACAGUUCCUGAGUGUUCUCCCCGCAAUCUUGAGCAAAGAUUGGCCGCCGACAAGGUGCUGUGUCGCUGGAGUCUGGAGUCUGGAGUUUGAGGUCGUGCGUGGUGGUGCAGUAUCUCCUAGUCCCUCUCUUGAUCCCUGCUGCAGUCCGCCGGAGCAAGAUCAAGUGGUGGCAACGAGAUCAAUUUCUUCCCAAGUCCACCGUCCAUCUCCCUGGUACUUCACACGCAAACAGCUAGCUUAUUUUCAAGUUCUGUUUUUGGCUGCCAUUCUCAUGCUGUGAGGUAUCCACUACAAACAAAGAAGAAUCCAAGUUGAUUUAGAGUAGUGUGCUGCAGUAAUCCAGCACUUGCCCAACUUUCUUGGCGUGUGUUCUUUGCAUUGAAAAAUGGCAGAACAAUCUAAGGAAAAGUCAGGGGAUUCAAGCAUAGAUAAGAUGUAUGAAAUUUUCAGUAAAUUGCUUGAACAACAACAGCUUAAAGCAGUACCAGAGACAGUCAGGUAUGCUCUGGAACCAAAUCCAGUGAAGUUGUCAGGUCCAAGUAAUUAUGUCAGUUGGGCACGCCAUGCUCGACUGAUACUGAGUUCCCAUGGUUAUGAGAACCUACUUGAUGAUGAAGAGGAGCAGAAAAGCGGUGAUACUCACCCAAAAAUGAUCAAUGAUAGAGUUCUAGUUUGGCUAUUGGGAAGCAUGGAACCAAUAGUGCGACAGCAAGUCGAAAUAAUGUCAAGAGUAUCUGAGGUGUGGACCGCCUUGGAGAAGCAAUUCGCUGGGAAGUCAAACAAAAUGCAGGCAACCCGCAUCAUGGAGGAGUUAACUCAUCUAAAUCAAGGUACAAAGUCUGUAACAGAAUAUGCCGGUGAAUUGAAACGGCUAUACAGGGACCUGCACUACUAUCAUCCUUUUCAACCAGUUGACAAGAAGGACUUAGCCAUUCAUCAUAAAUGGUUUGAGACAAUAGUGGGCAAGCUAUUUCUAGAUGGACUAAACCAGGAGCUUAACCUUCGGCGACAACUCAUAUUUUCUGAACCGGAAUGGCCUAGUCUCGAUAAUAUCAUUUCUAGUAUACUUGAGGAAGAAACUCGGUUGGGUCAACCUAAGGAGGAUGAUCUGAAAUGUGGAGAUGAUCGUGCGGCUUUAUCUAUGCAAUACCGCCGUACUCCCAGGCCCUUUGGCAAGAUAGAAAAAAGCAAGUUCUUUUGUGAUCACUGUAAAAGAAAUGGACACACAAAGGAUGUAUGUUUUGAGCUGCAUGGAUACCCCUCUUGGUGGGAAAAAGGAAAAACUCGGCCAGGGGGAGUUCAAAGUGUGAAUAGAAGGCAAGCUAACCACAUCGCAUCUCUGCGGGAGCCACCAGUGGUAGAUGUACGAGCUCUUGAGGAGUUCAACUCCAAGCUUAAACUCUCAGAAAGCUCAGCUUCCUCACAUGGCAACUCUAAGGUUGAUUCCGGUCUCAUUUCGACUUCUCAUCAAGGAGCUAGGGACUGGGAAAAUCUUGGGGACUGGGACCGAGCAUGAAGGACUUUAUCAUCUUGAUGAUGGAAGUGAUGAAGUGGCUCUUGCAUCAUGUUUGCCUUCCUGUCAAGAGUUAUUGCUGCAACACCGCAGGCUUGGACAUCCUUCUUUUGCUAUUUUAUCCCGUGUUUAUCCCGCUUUAUUUAAGUUAUGUCCUAAAGAGGAUUUGGUAUGUGAUGCUUGUGAACUAGCUAAACAUACUAGAAGGUCCUGUCC